AUGGCUUCGAACGACACCUACCUGACACCGCUCUCCUCACGUUAUGCGUCGAAGGAGAUGUCGCACGUAUUCUCUAUCCGUAACCGGUUCUCGACGUGGAGAAAGCUCUGGUACAACUUGGCGAUUGCGGAGAAGGAGCUGGGGCUCAGUGUGAUCACCGACGAGGCGAUUGCGGAGAUGAAGGAGCAUUUGAUCAUCACAGACGAGGAGAUCGAGGCUGCGAAGGUGGAGGAGUCGAAGGUGAGACACGACGUGAUGGCGCACGUGCACGUGUUUGGAGAAACGUGUCCGGAGGCUGCCGGGAUCAUCCACUUGGGGGCCACGUCGUGUUUCGUGACGGACAACGCGGACUUGAUCUUCCUCAGAGACGCGUACGACAUCUUGAUUGCCAAGUUGGUGAACGUGAUCAACCGGUUGUCGAAGUUUGCGCUGGAGUACAAGGACCUGCCUGUGCUCGGGUGGACGCACUUCCAGCCGGCACAGUUGACGACGGUGGGCAAGAGAGCGACGUUGUGGCUGCAGGAGCUGCUCUGGGACUUGAGAAACUUCCAGCGGGCCAGAGACGACUUGGGCUUGCGUGGCGUGAAGGGCACGACCGGCACGCAGGCGUCGUUCCUGUCGUUGUUCCACGGGGACCACGCGAAGGUGGAGGCGUUGGACGACCGUGUGGUCGAGUUGCUUGGCUUCGAGUACGCGUACCCGUGCACGGGGCAGACGUACUCGCGUAAGAUCGACAUCGACGCGCUGCACCCUCUCACGUCCUUCGGCGCCACGUGCCACAAGAUGGCCACCGACAUCCGGCUCUUGGCGAACUUGAAGGAGGUGGAGGAGCCCUUCGAGAAGUCGCAGAUCGGGUCCAGCGCCAUGGCCUACAAGCGCAACCCCAUGAGAAGCGAGCGGGUGUGCUCCUUGUCCAGACACUUGGGCGGUCUUUUCCAGGACGCGUUCCAGACCGCGUCGAUCCAGUGGUUCGAGCGCACGUUGGACGACUCCGCCAUCCGCAGAAUCUCCAUCCCCGAGGCCUUCCUCACCGCAGACAUCUUGCUCAGCACCCUCAUCAACAUCACCGACGGCCUUGUCGUCUACCCGAAGGUCAUCGAGCGCAGAAUCAUGAGCGAGUUGCCCUUCAUGGCCACCGAGAACAUCAUCAUGGCCAUGGUCGAGAAGGGCGGUUCCAGACAGGACUGCCACGAGGAGAUCCGCGUCUUGUCGCACCAGGCGAGCGCCGUCGUCAAGCAGCAGGGUGGCGACAACGACUUGAUCGACCGCAUCAAGAGCACCGAGUACUUCAAGCCCAUCUGGAACGACCUCGACGCCUUGCUGGACCCGUCCACCUUCAUCGGUCGGGCACCCCAGCAGACCCUCAAGUUUGUCACCGUCACCGUCAAGAAGGCUCUUGCCCCAUACCAGGGCCUGCUCAACGAGGACGCUGUCCAAUUGGCCGUCUGA